AUGCGUUCCAAAAGGAAUAAUAUAAACAAAUGUGGAAUUGAGUCUGCUGCAAGUUCUUUUCAAUCAGCUGAUAGCUAUGGAGUUUUUGGCAGUGCCUGUUCGGACUUCUCAGAAUGCGAAGAGGGCGAGGAAAGGCAUAAAGGAUCUUAUAAAUACAAUCAAAUUCCCUCACUUUCAACGAGCAUCGCCAGUUUCCAAAGUGUUAUGGAGCGAGAGACUGCGCCGUUGCUGCUUUCCCCAUCCUAUAUGCCGGGAUACAAAAGCACACGCUUCACCAGUUCUGAUACCCUGGGUCCAGGCGAAUUAUCAGAUAGGGAUAUUAUCGAGACAUACAAACGAACACAUGUGAAACCAGAUAAAGAAAACAAGAAGAAACAGAGCUCCCUCGUUACUAUUUUUUCAAUAUGGAACACAAUAAUGGGGUCAUCCCUGCUCACAAUGGCGUGGGGAGUUGAGAGGGCAGGUCUUCCAGCUGCUCUUACCUUGGUGGCUUUGAUGGCAGCCCUCUGUUUAUUCACUGCUUACCUCUUAAUUCGGGUCAACGCUUAUCAUGGUGGCGACACAUUCGAGGUUCCCUCUCUAUGCCGCCUUUUGCUUGGUCCCAGGGCAGAAGCCGUGGCACACGCCUUCAGCCUUCUCGUAUUAACUGGCGCUAACGUCGUGUAUUGGAUUCUCAUCACGAACUUCCUGUAUUAUACAGUCAAUUAUUUUAUUGAGGAACCUCCUGUCAACGCAACCAGUCAUAACUCAUCAGUGCUGCUGUGCCCCAAACAUGAACUGAUCCCCGGGUCCUCACGUGAAGCUCACGAUCCAUCCCCAUUCUGGGGCCUGCACACUACUGUACCCUUUUACGUAGCGGUUUUAGUAUUCCCACUACUUAACUUUAGAAAUGUGACAUUUUUUACCAAGUUUAAUUCAUUGGGUACACUAUCAGUACUAUAUUUACUGAUAUUCGUCCUAGUUAAAGGUGCCUCUUGGGGUAUAAACCUUAAUAUGCCCCUUGGCCCACGGGGUGGGACAGACGCGGCCGUAUUAAGUGGGAUGUUGGCACUAUCCUUCUACAUACACAAUAUUAUUAUCACGAUUAUGAGCAAUAAUGAACGGCAAGAUAGAAAUGGUCGGGAUUUAACCAUAGCAUUCCUACUGGUAACUAUUACUUAUACGGUUGUGGGGGCCGUAUUCUAUGUGUGCUUUCCGUUGGCCAAAAGCUGUAUAGAAGAUAACAUAUUAAAUAAUUUUGAAAUGCACGAUGUAAUGACGGUUGUCGCGAGAGCAUUGCUACUUUUCCAAGUAAUAACAGUAUAUCCUCUAGUGGUAUAUAUGUUGCGAACCGAAGCCAUUCUCCUUCUUCCAUUAAAAGAUUCGGGGAAGGUCACCAUUUUAAUCAAUCUCCUAUUGAUUAGCGUCAGUAUACUUGUGGCCUGCCUUUGUCCUAACGUUGGGACUAUCAUAAGGUACACCGGUGCAAUCAGCGGCUUGGUACACGUAUUCACUCUACCGUCUCUUUUGUACAUGAGAUCUCUUCAGCUGAGAGGAGAACUCACUUUCUUUAAGGGGUUAUUUUAUUCGGCCAUUAUCGUUUUUGGCGUUUUCAACCUUGGCAUGCAGUUCUUUAUAUCAUAA